CUUUUCAUCUUCAUCUCACAUUUUCACUCUUGCUCUCCUCUUUUCUAUUUGCUUUCACUUUCACUUUCACUUUCACUUACUUUCUUCUGAUUCAAAUCCUUCAUCUCUGCAACUUUCUUCACUUGACUUUACGCACUAUUCUUUUCCAUUGUUUGCAAUUAUUUAGUUUUCAUCUUCCUUUAAACCUUUCUUUGUAAAACAAAAAACAAAGAAGGAAAAAAAAAACAUGGCUAUGGUGGGUGAAGCUUUUCUCUCUGCUUCCAUUGAGGUGCUGCUUGAUAGGAUUGUUUCUGGAGAUGUUCUGCGGCUUAUCCAAGGAAAGAAACUUGAAGCUGUGCUGCUGAAGAAACUGAAGCCAACCUUGAUGUCGGUGAAAGCAGUGUUGGAUGAUGCUGAAAAUAAGCAGAUUACCAACCUAAAUGUCAAAAGUUGGACUGAUGAGCUCAAAGAUGCUGUUUAUGAUGCCGAGGACCUCCUGGAUGAAAUCUCUACUGAAGCUCUUCGGAACAAGAUCGAAUCCGAAUAUCAAACUACUGCUAUGAAGCAGGUUAGUAGCUUUUUCUCUUCUUUCAAUCCUUUCAAAGAUGGGAUGCAGUCAAAGCUGGAGGAGAUCCUUGGGAGACUAGACUAUCUACUCAAGCAAAAACAGAUUCUGGGUCUGAAAGAAAACUAUAAAGGAGAAAAGGCAUUUCAAAGAACGCCCGCAACUUCUUUGGUGGACGAGUCUGAUGUUUGUGGCAGAGAUGAUGAAAAAGAAGAAAUAAUGAAGUUGUUGGAUCCUCAAAAUCUGUCUGAAAAUCAGAUAGAUGUGAUUCCCAUUGUGGGUAUGGGCGGGCUUGGCAAAACCACCCUUGCCCAAUUGAUCUACAACGACCCCAGAGUGGAUAAAUGGUUUGACCGCAAAGCAUGGGUGUGUGUUUCAGAGGAAUUUGAUGCUUUCAAGGUAACCAAAACCAUUCUUGAAGAGAUCAAAUGUAGCUGUGAUGGAAACCAGAACUUAAAUAAGCUUCAACUUAAACUCAAAGAGCAGCUGUCGGGAAAGAAAUAUCUAAUCAUUUUGGAUGAUGUUUGGAACAAGAAUUAUUUUCAUUGGAAAGAGCUUGCAAGUCCCUUCACUUCUGGGGCCAAGAAUAGCAAGAUUAUUGUAACAACACGUGAUGAAAACGUUGCAGCAAUCAUGAGGAACGUUCCAACUUAUCGUUUAGAUGUGUUAUCAGAUGAUGAUUGUUGGAAGUUAUUUGCAAAGCAUGCAUUUGAUGGUUCAAGCCCCACCAAGCAUCCAGAUCUGACGGCAAUCGGGGAAGCAAUUGUUAAAAGAUGUGGCGGUCUCCCUUUGGCUGCAAAAGCUCUUGGAGGCCUUCUGCGUUGCAAACUAGAUGCUGAUGAGUGGAAGAAAAUUUUACAUAGCAAUUUUUGGGACAUUCCAAAUGAUGCAACUAAUAUUCUUCCAGCGUUAACAUUGAGUUACCAUUAUCUUCCUUCCCAUUUGAAGCGAUGUUUUGCUUAUUGUUCAAUUUUCCCUAAAGAUUACGAAUUUGAAAAGGAAGAACUUAUUCAAUUAUGGAUGGCUGAAGGUCUUUUAGAGCUUCCCAAAGACAAUGGAGAUCUGGAAGAACGGGGUACCGAGUACUUCAAAGAUUUAAGAUUGAGGUCAUUCUUUCAACAAUCUAAAGGAAUGAAAUCUUGUUUUGUCAUGCAUGAUCUAAUUAGUGACUUGGCUAAAUCUGUAACCGGAGAGUUCAUUUGCAGAUUGGAAGGUAGUGGUGGUGGUUCUUGUGUAAUGACCGAAAGGACCCGUCAUUUGUCAAAUGUCCAAGAACGAUAUGAUGUGCGGCAAAAAUUUCAAAGUUUAGCUAAAGCAAAGGGUCUACGUACUUUCUUAAUUACAAAGUCUGGCUGGUACUUCUCAAUUGUCAGUGAUGUGCUAAUGCAUGAUUUGAUGGUGAAAUCAAGCUUACGAGUGCUUUCAUUGGCUGAGUAUACAAAUAUAAAAAAUUUGCCAGAAGACAUUGGUAAUUUGAAGCAUCUACGAAAUUUGAAUCUCUCAAGAACUAAAAUUAAAAGGUUGCCAAACUCUUUGUGUACAUUGUAUAAUUUGCAAGCAUUAAAAUUGCGUGGAUGCAGCGACCUUGAUGAGUUGCCGAGAGACAUGGAAAGAUUGAUCAACAUGCUAUAUCUUGAUAUCAGGGGAACAAAGUUAGCAAGGAUGCCAGAAGGAAUGGGUAAGUUGAAAGAUCUUCGAAUGGUAACAAAUUUUGUUUUAGGCUAUCAAACUGGAUCAAGCAUUAAUGAGUUGGGAAAGCUCAAGCAUCUACGUGGAAGACUUUCCAUUUCGGGACUAAAAACUGUUGCAUGUGCCAUGGAUGCCAAAGAUGCCAAUUUGAAGGAUAAGGUGGACCUUAAAAUGUUGAAGUUGAGAUGGGGUAAAGAUGAUGAUAUUGAUGGUGAUUCAAGGCAUCAUCGAGAAGUACUUAAACAACUACAGCCUCAUACAAAUUUGGAGCAUCUUGUUAUUAGGAGUUAUAAAGACAUAAUAUUUCCGGAAUGGGUGGGGCAUCCUUCCUUCUCAAAUAUGGUAUCUUUGGGGUUACAUGAUUGUAAAUUUUGCAUAUCCUUACCACCGCUUGGGCAGUUAUCAUCUUUGAAAUCUCUCUCCAUUUCCGGUUUGAGUGGAGUGUUAAUAGUUGGUGAUGAGUUCUACGGGACUGGACAAGCUUCAACUAAACCAUUUCAAUCACUUGAAAUGCUAAGGUUUGAGAAUAUGGCCGAGUGGGAGGAAUGGUAUUGUCGGAGUGAUGAAGCUUUCCCUCUUCUACAAGAGCUAUGCAUUAGAGAUUGUCCAAAACUAACUAAGUCUCUUCCCAAACACCUCCCUUGUUUAAAGAAACUGGAGAUUGAAGAUUGUGAGAAGCUUGGAGGCUUGCUUCCAACGGCACCAAGCAUUUUGGAACUUGAGUUAAAGAAAUGCCAAGCAUUGCAGUUGGAGCCAUUGGCUUGUGGGCUUCGGGAGUUGCGCAUUAGAAUUUCGAAUAUGGAUGAUUCCGUAUUGGAACAAAUGUUGCAACAAUGCACACUUCUUGAAAAGCUACGUUUGGACUUUUGUUCAGAAAUUAGAUCCCUUACUGAAGUUAGGGUGCCCAUCAAGCUGAAGCGAUUUAGCAUCUCUUUCUGUGAAAACUUGGAUUAUUCUGAUAUCUUCUUGUAUGCAUCCCUUGAAUCCUUGGAAAUAGGGAGUGGUAAAUGUUAUGGACUGGAAUCUUUCCCAUUAGGAUCGUUUCCUAUGGUAAAGUGUGUUAGGAUUUCGAGAUGUGAAGACUUGAAGUUUAUUAGUGCUGCUUCAGAGGGCGCUCACCACCAGCAUCUCAAUUCUUUGGAGAUAUAUUUUUGCCAAAAGUUGAUAUCUUUUCAAAUUGAAGAUGGAUUAGCUGUCACCAAUUUGACCCGACUUAAGCUUGUAUGUUGCGGAAGUUUAAAGUCAUUGCCAGAGCAAAUGCACUCCGUCUUUCCAUCCCUUGAGUAUUUGGAAAUAGUAAUUUGUCCAGAAAUAGAGAGGGUUCCAAAAGAGGGUUUGCCCUCAAAAUUAAAAGAAAUUAGAAUCGGAGGAAGUGAUAAACUAAUUGAGAGCUUGAUUAGGAAAAGGGAAUGGAGUUUGCGUACACUCCCUUCUCUUACAAAUCUCGAGAUCUGGGGUUCAGAAGUAGAGAUGGAGUGUUUUCCAGAUGAACAUCUGCUUCCCUCUUCUCUUUCAUCUCUCUGGAUCCGGUUUCUUCCAAAUCUAAAGAGUUUGGAGUAUAAGGGGUUUCAACACCUCACCUCUCUUUGCGAUUUGUGUAUCUACAGCUGUCCCAAGCUCCAAUCCAUGCCCCCAAACAUGCUUCCUCCCUCUCUUUCUCGUUUGUCCAUUUGCGGAUGUCCUUUGCUGGAGAAACGUUGUAAAAAGGAGGAAGGCAAAGAUUGGGCCAACAUUUCCCACAUCCCUGUCAUUGAAAUUGAUGGUGAGGUCAUUAUAUAGAAGGGGCAGUGACUGAGAAAACAAAUGUUCUGACGCAGAUACCAUGUUCCAAAUAUUCCUUUGUGAGAUCUUCCAUUCUAAAAAUGACUUCCUUCCCACAAAUGAUGAAUUCAGACGCCAGUCUCAAAUUUCUGAAGACUUGCUAGCCCCUUCUGCCUGUGCAUUUUGUGUAUUAUUCUAAGCUAAAAUGUUGAAGAGGAGAAGCUGUAGUUUUUGAAUAGAGGAAAACCUGGCAACAUGGAAAUUAAGGAUGUGAGCAGUUGCCAUCAAUAAGACACGGGACUUGGUUGAUUUUUUUUGAAUAUCAAUAGCAGAUUUGUUCAUGCAGAACCUCAUGGCUUAAAAAUUUUGAAGGAUGAUCUUAAGCUUGGAAGAGAAUGAAUAACUUCAUCACAUAGGUUUUUUCAAGAUUAUCCGCCAUGAAAAUUUCAACCGGUAUUCCACUGGCUUCAGCAAGAGGUUGAAUGUGUCUGUAACAAGUUGGUUGAAAUUUUGGAUUGUGAAAGCAACAUGGAGGAUGAUCUUACAUUCUUUUUACCGGUCAAUGAUUGGGACAUCAAUUUCGUUUUCGUUGGAACAAUAAGAGGUCAAUAACAAUCACCAUCCACCAUCUGAAGGUCAUGCUGGUGCGAACAAAUCCUUCUUAUAUUACUGUGAUUCGAAUGUGAAUGUCAAAUACGAAUAAGUGUUUAAUCACGAGAAAAAGGAGGAAGAUAAUCCAUUUCUAACACAUUGCGUAUUGCAGAAAUUGAAACUGAAAUGCUUAUGUGAUUGAACACGAAGGUGGGUUAUGGUUGCAUACAAAAGUUUAGUUACAAUUUCAUUCAUUUCCCUAUUUAAUAGUUAAUUUCUUGUAAACUUUUGCCUAAAUUCGUCUCCAUAAAUUACUGUACUUGUUUGGAGCUUUUAAUAACAUAGUCAAAUGUGAGUUUUGGA